GACGCAUGACUCCAGUUGCUGAUCGAACGCUCGUCAGUUCACACUGGGAUUCGCGACUUGCAAUCGUUAUUAAACGCGCGAAAAUCGUGAAAAAAGUGCUCGUAAGAAUAUUUAAGAGAUAUUUCACAUUUUCGAUAGUGUGAUGCGUGAAUCAUAUUAACGAAAGACUGUGCUCGAAAUAACACAUGAAAAUUUUGCAAAUCAACCAGAAAACGACCGCAAUUUAGACAUUAUUAUGUUUUGGGCCUUCAUGAGUUUUAAAUAAUAUUGUGAAUAGAUAGUAUCACUCAGUGAUUAUUAUAAAAAUUAUUCUGACCAAGAAUAAUAAUUCAGAAGAACAUGACAUUAUUAUAAAAAACAGUGAUGUACGAUUGAUUUACUUGGUAAAAAAUCAUGGAAGAUACAGCGACGAUUGUGCUUGAUUCUACGGUGAGAAGUCAAAAUUCGAGUCAUUCGAAGGAAUCGAAGGAUUCCGUAAAUUCGGAACUGAAACCAGAGAGUUACCUGGAAUCAAAACACUCAAAAGAUGUCCUUAUCCCGGAAAAGCAACAGCUGCAGCAACAACAGUUAUCAAGCCGUUCAGAGAAUCAGCAGGAUCUGCGGGCGGCUUCCGAAGCCAAAGACGAUUCAAAUCUGCUCAUGUUCACAUCUUGUGGACAAUUGCUGCUUGGUAUUGUCUUAGUCGUCUUUGGUAUCCUGGUGCUCGUCCACGGUGCUUCUUUGGGCGGAUCUGGUGCAGGACUCUGGGCAGGUGCAGCCGCUCUAGUUGCUGGUGCACUAGGAGUGGUUGCAACAUUAGCGGCCUCGUCCACUAAAACAAAUUCUGCCUUUUCCUCCGCUCAUCUUGCGUCCAGUUUGAUUGCACUUGCUCUCUCGAACAUGGCCACUAUAACAGCAUUAACGGCGGUUGUCAGGGAUUCACAGAGGGCACCGGACGUGUCAUUUCUUAGCCUUUCGGGUGAUGACAACAAUGUGAUGGAAGUAGAUAACGGCUUGGCGGGUUUGUUAGCGAGCAUUGGCCUAUUGGUGGCUAGCGUGGCAGAGCUAUUAGUAUCCGGUUAUAGUUGUCUGACCUUGACACCGAAGUUAUGUGGCUGCCUGCGAGCGAAUACUACCGAUGAGAUGGUGAUCGACGGUCAUCUGAAGACGAGCAAUAUGGUUCACCAGUGGGUUGUCACGCAAAAUCAUAUGCCGGCUAAGAGUCAACAACCACCUGUCUACUUAGUGCACCCGAUGCCAGUGCCAAUACAUCCAAUGAUUCAACCACCAUACGGUAUGCCAUCGACACCCGGAGGAUUUGUAUCUGCUAGAUCUCUUCCACCGAUGCCAUAUGGUGCUAUGCCUAUGCUAUCCCAUAUACCUCCAUACCCUGGACGGCCGCAAUCUCAGAUGUUCCGAUCAAAACACAAACGUCAGCCGUUUGCAGAUCAGGAAGAAACAAAAAGGCAUACUGAAGUUAAAAAUGAAUCUCCAAAGAUGACCAGCGAAGAUCAAGUCGAUCUGGCUCAGACUUACACGGGAUUAGACAAGAGAAUUUCCGAGGAAUUUAUUUCGAUCGCGAUGGAUCCAGAUAGAAAAUCAAAAGUUUCUAGCUGUCAUGGCAGUGAAAUUGGAACUGCAAAAACUUUUUGAUCGCUCUCAGUUACAAUAAUUGAAGAAUUUAAUAAAAAAUGAAAUUUGCUCAUGAUUUAUACCUAUUUUACAGAUACAUUUCGUAUCUAAGAUUAUAGAUAUAAAUCAGUCUCAUGUACUUUUCAUUUAGUACUUUAAAAUCUCGAAUAUUAUA